GCGGUUCAAAGGUCAAGCUAGAACUGGUUCCGGUGCAGCUCGGGGUCACACAGAGGAGGAGUGAAACUUAAAAUACAUAUUUAAAAAAAUGCUGUUACGAAGGGUGUUGCACAUCGGAGGCGUGGCACUGAGACACAGCAGGUCCAUCCACCACAGUCCUGUAUGGAGGAGUCCUCUUAUACCCAUAGUUGUGGAGCAGACGGGGAGAGGAGAAAGGGCGUAUGACAUCUAUUCUCGACUACUGAGAGAGAGAAUCAUCUGUGUAAUGGGUCCUAUUGAUGACUCUGUAGCCAGCCUGGUUAUUGCCCAGCUGCUCUUCCUACAGUCAGAAAGCAACAACAAACCCAUUCACAUGUACAUCAACAGUCCUGGCGGUGUGGUGACAGCAGGCCUGGCCAUUUACGACACUAUGCAGUACAUCCUUAAUCCCAUCUCCACCUGGUGUGUUGGCCAGGCAGCCAGUAUGGGCAGCUUGCUCCUGGCAGCAGGAACGUCGGGGAUGAGGCAUUCACUGCCCAACGCCCGCAUCAUGGUUCACCAGCCUUCAGGAGGGGCCAGGGGUCAGGCCACAGACAUCGCCAUCCAGGCCGAGGAGAUCCUGACGCUCAAGAGGCAGAUCAAUAGCAUCUACGCCAAACACACGGGGCAGCCGCUGAAACGCAUCGAGGGUGUGAUGGAAAGGGAUCGCUACAUGAGUCCCAUGGAGGCGCAGGACUUUGGUCUCAUCGACCGGGUCCUAGUCCACCCGCCCCAGGCAGGCCAGGAUGAGCCUGAGCUGGUGCAGAAAGAGCCAGCAGCGACAGCCAGUCCCUCUCCACAGUCAGAGUCUCCAGCCCCUGAGCACGCCUCAUCUGGGACACCCCCCCCUUCCUCAUACAAACCUGAACCAUGAACCCACCACAGCGGAGCUGUCUGGAUCGGAUACCCGGCAGUUCCAGAGAACACGGCCGAGCCUCCGUGGUGUGUUUUCCCCUAACCAACACUCUUCACAUGUGCAGGCAUCAUGUAGACAAACAUGUGAUCAGAAAGUGACAGUUUUUAAAAAUGAUUUUUGAGAUGUUGAUUCCUAUGCACAACAGUCAAAGAAGUGAUGGCUGAAAAGCAGUCUGCAGUAAUCGGUCAUCUUUUUGACUCCACACUCAAGUAGUCAAUUUCUCCUCUCUGAAAGAAACGGGGCAUAGUCUUUCAGCUGAGUGAGAGCACAGCUAGACAAGAUGCUCUACUUUAGAUGAGUUUAUUUAGGGGAGGAGAAGCCUGUUAAGACUAUGGGGCCACCUCGUUCGGGACCUCCUUGGUGUAGAGGCGUCCGCUGGAGAGUGAGAGGACCUGAAUAACCUGUAUUUGAAUACUCAUAUUUGUAAUAAAUAUGAUCCUUGUGACCAUGCUCACAAAACAUGGA